UUGGUCGAACUAGUGUGUCCUACCACAACAUUGAUUAGGCCCUAUUUGAGUACUUUCGUUAUACGUACCUUGACUGAUUAUGUUGCUUAUAUGCAUCAUCCAUCAUCGAAUAAGUAGAUAAACAACACCAGAUGGAUAACCAAACGAGCCACGACUCUACCUGGGCGAGUGCAAUAUUGUCACACCGCGAUUCAAACAUUUUCUGUUGAAAAGGUUUUUGAGCCUGUUAUUUGGCAUUCUUAUCUACUGUCCCUACCAGAAUCCUAACCAUUCCUCUUUCAUCCACUUUUCCUCAUUUUAAGUCCAAGUCCAAAAGUGCCUUAACCAAAACACUGACAUGCUCUUGCUUGCUACUUUGAAAUACUACAAGCACCAACUCCACGCAUUCACUUCCUGUUUCAAAGCCUCAAAAAAACUCAUUUUCUCCUAAAUCCACCACUGAGUACUGACUACACUACACAUUUCUCACCCCUUCUCUAACCAGGCUCUUAAACAUGGGCAGCCACAAGUUCUUCCAUUUCACAACCAAGGCCACAGCCUACCUAUUUCUUCUCAUUUUCUUUGCUCUAUCUUCCAUCAUCUCAUCUCAAAUCAUCAACGAUCAACCACCGGCCCCUGUCGUCCCCCCAGAACCAUCCGAUCAGAUCGGCCCCCACCCUACCUUAUCAUUCUUCAUGCACGACAUCCUCGGGGGAUCAACCCCGUCGGCUAGAAUAGUCACCAAUCAUCAUCUCAACGGUCGAAUCCCUUUUGCCAAGCCCAUUGGGACACUCUUCCCAGUGAACCAUGGGGUGCUGCCCCUGAAUAGCAUCAAUGACAAUAUUCCAUUCCUCAAUGGCCUUGGUGGUACCACGUCAACUGUGAUCCACAGCGAUCGCGAUGGUGGAUUUGGACUACCGGUCACGAAUGGGGCCCAAUUCACAGACCAGAAGCUCGUGUUUGGCUCGAUGACAGUGAUCGACGAUGAACUAACCGCAGGGCGUGAUCUGGGGUCCGGUUUGGUCGGUAAAGCACAGGGGUUUUACGUGGCUAGCUCAGAGGACGGGAGAAGCCAUACGAUGGCGUUUACAGUGAUGUUGGAGAGUGGUGGGUAUGUUGAUAGCAUCAGCUUGUUCGGGGUUCAUCGGACGGCUGUGUCCGAGUCUCAGCUUGGUAUCAUGGGUGGUACGGGGAAGUAUGUUAAUGCAAUGGGAUUUGCUACCGUGAGGAACGUCGCGGCGGCCAACCAGGGGUUGACAGACGGCAUCGAGACGUUGCUGGAGUUUAUAGUUUAUGUUAGUUACUGAAUUUUGUAGUUCUCGAUAUGGAUUUAUCUCUUCAGUGAAACUCUUUGCGCAAGCAGGGAAUUUUCCCUUCCCUUGAUAUCAAAAGCACGUUUCGAAAUUAUUAUCGAACUGUGUUUGGAUUAUGAAUUUGUUUAAGAAUUUCUCAAGGGCAAGGACAACAAUAUGAAACCUACAAAAUGAAUCUAGCUGUUUCUUUUUGUAC